UGCAGAGAGGCAUUCAGAGGAGACAUUCAGAAGAGACAACAUCGUUUCAUCUCAGCGCUUCACCUUUAAAAAUCCGACCAACCUGCACCAUGAGCAGAUCUACAGACUGGGUUCCCGCUUUAUGGCUGGAGACUUUUGAUGAGCUGCUGUGUGAUGACAACGAGCUCGACUAUGGAGACCAGUGGACUCUCAACUUUAACUACAGUCAGUCAGACAAAGUCACCAAGGAGGAGAGGAAGAAAGGCUGGAAGGUCUACUGCCACUGUGCUUAUGGAAAUUUUCAGUGUGCAUCCUGCUCCAAGACCUGGCCGUCAGCACGGGUGGUGGUGUUGUUCCGUUACCGGCUACAGCGUGGCCGUGGCCGGGGGACAGUGAUCAUGCGGCCCUUUGGUCAGACCUGCCGCCGUUGCCAAGACGACAUGUUUGAACUCCCUGGUUUUUCCAAGAAGGAAGUGGAAGAGGCCUUGCUCCGGCUGAUCAGCAAAAUCCGGAAGAACUGCUACGGGGAGUAUGACGACGACGACGACGAUGGCGGCUCAUCAGCCUGCUCUACCAAAGUGUGGACCAAACCCCAUGAGAAGACCCUGUGUGAGGCCUGCCGCAUGGGCAUUUGCUGUCAGGAUGAGGACUAGAAGUGUGUGUGUGUGUGUGUGUGUGGUGUGUGUGUGUGUGUGUGUGUGUGUGUGUGUGUGUUUGUGUGUGUGAGUGUGACAGUGUUGUUUGCUGGUUUGCAGAAUUCCACACGUUCUUUAUUGCUAAUAUUUUGUAGUUGUCUAAUUACGGUUAUCUGUGUUUUAUUAUGUUAACGGUGUUUUAUCACAGCAAUACACAAUCAGGACCAAUAAUCAUUACAGAAAAAUAUUAAUAUGUAUGUUUUUGUAUUUUGUGGCUUUAAUAAAGUUAAGAUCUGUUCCA